CGGUAUCACAUCGUCGCGUGCGGCUUGAACAGAAGGUGCUACGACCAUUUUUGGUUGUGUACCUGCCUAAACAAGCGGCGGCUGUUGAUAUCGCUCAACUUAUUGCCCAGGUAGAUAAACCCAUGGUUUUCGGUCGGACUAGGCAGUCACCACCCAACAUUUAAAGUCAUGCAACACCUGCCAUCCCCGCCCUCACCACUUUACUCAUCACUCCGGAGAUGAAUCACGAAAAGUAUGAAGAACGCCUUGCCUUCGUCCGCUCUCUUCUACAACAAGAAUUUGUGCUUGAGAUUUCGAAUAUCGAGCCGAUAGCAUAUGAUGCAGACUGUCCGUUCGCUUACAACAACUUCUUGUAUCGAGUGGAUGUCAAAAAUCACGGGAAACACUACCGAGACCAACAGCCAUGCUCUAGUACAAUCCCAGCCGAUGCUUCUCAACUCGUCCUUCGUCUCUCGAACAAUGCUUCCGGUAUCCCUCCGGUCAAUCGCGUCGAAAAUGAGGUUGGAAUGAUGAAUCUCUUCCGUGAAGCUUUGCGCGAUUCUCACUCUGCUCAUCUCAUACCUGAGGUGUAUGGCUGGGGUAGUGCUGAAUACGGCCAAGGAUGGAUCUUGCAGGAGUUUAAAGUUGGAGUACCUCUCGAUGAGUUUUAUCAGACUCUACCUGGCGAAAAUAAACCCGCCAUACUCGAGCAGAUGGCAGAAGUUCUCCUUGCCAUGCAGAAGUACAAGCUUCCGGAAUCAAUCAAGCUUCUUGGAGGUGUGUCGUUCUCGGACGACGGGCAUCUUGUUAGUGGACCGUUGACAACGCUCUCUGCUGGACCUUUCAGAACAUAUACCGAGCUGUAUCAAGCUAUGCUACAACAGCAGGUGGCUUCAUCCGACAAAAGCCCGGUUCUGCAAGGCUGGCAAGAGGAUGGCAUACGUGCACGUCUCGAAAAGUUCUCUCUGCAAGGGAUUGCACAGAUCACUGAGGAGUACGCUCAGUCACCCAGGGCCAUCGUGCACAGCGACUUCACUAUGAACAAUGUAUUGGUAGACCCUACCACUAAACGAAUUUCCGCACUUCUGGACUUCGAUUGGUCGUUCGUUGGUAGCCCAGGUGACGAGUUCCUCAGAUCGUUCUUUGAUCUUGGUGGCAUACCUGGUCCAGACAGUACGGGCGAGGAACUGACAAUUCGUCAAGCAAUUUUGCAUGGGUUUGAAUCUGAACACAUCUUCGAUGAACCACUCGAUCAACUUCAAGCCUGGUAUCAAGCACUUAGAAAGCAUCAUGCUGUAGUGCCCUCAAAAGUAUCUGGCAUGGAGCAGAUAUCCGAGCUUCAUCAUUUCAUCAACCAGACCGCACCAUGGCUUCUGACCCAUGAAGUGCCUCUCAGAAGAAGAUCUAAAGAGCAGUUGGAAAGUGUCAAAGCGAACACAAAGAAGACAUUACUCGCAUUCCUGGAAAAACACGGUUUCUAAAUAUUGAUCAGAUUUUAGCAGAUCCAACCCAAACACUUCUCUGAUUCCAUCGACUUCUAUCAUCUCUUACUUAAUCCAACCCCCACCCAUCGCGGUUUGUGCCACCUUUCCCCAAAUUCCCUUUCCCUCGGAAUGUUUCUUAUGCCACUCCAUCUCCGCCUUUAACGCCGGGUUCACACCUUUUGCUCUGAGUUCGGCUUUCGUUUCUUCGUCGUAGAAGUUUUCCCAGUCGAUUGGUUUAUUGGUUUUUGGGUCGAUUGGUGUAGAUAUAGAGGUGUUUGGGGUGACGCCCCAUUUCAGUGCUGCUGAUUGGUCUGGCGUGUCGUUGGUUUGGUUUUGUUGGGACAUUGUGAUGUUUUGGUUGUUGAUGUGGCUAUGUGUUCAGUUGGUC